AUGUCGCGCCCCAGCUCGGGCACUGCUGCUACAGCCCCCCGCGAGCCCAUCAAAAUGGAGCCCACGAUCUUGGGCAUCUACACCCACAAGGGGGGCACGGGCAAGACCACCCACGCCAUCAUGAUGGGUGCCAUGCUGGCCCAGGAGGGUUACGGCGUGAUUCUGGUGGAUGCAGACCCCCAGAUGAGCCUCACCACUCAGUACGCCGAGGAUGCGCUGGAGGAGACGCUGCCGUCCAGCGACAGCGAGGGAGAGGGGGAGGCAUCGGAUACCGAGGAGGAGGGCUGGGCGGUGGCGGCCGGCGGGUACAGCGGCGGCCAGCUGGUGCUGCCGGCCAUCCCGGGGGACCGGCUGCGCAAGACCGACCCGCUCACCCCCGACGUGUUUGAGGGCAUCAAGCAGUGGUGCGAGGGCAAAGACAACCUGUUUGACGCGCUGGUCAGCACCGUUCUGGACAAGUCGUUUGUGGCCACCCCCACCAAGGUCAACACAGGAGACUACAAGGGGCGCCUCAUGCUGCUGCCGGAGGUGCUGCCCCGCUGGCUGAGCUGGUUCAACGAGUUUGCGCCCUCCCACACCUCCCCGCCCUCUUACGCCUACCCCCGCCACUUCCCACGCAUCCUGCCCUUCCUGGGGUUCAACUACGAGCUGCGCGGCUCUCGGGUGCUCUGGUCUGCUAGCAACCUGUUUGAGACCCUGCGCCAGAUCAUCAACGGACAGGGCGGCGCCGACAUCGAGCUUGUGCCCAAAGAGAUCAAGGCGCUCUACGUUCCCUGCCAGAAGCACGUGCGCUCCCCAGAGACCGAGAUGCUCAUCCCCUUUGUCAAGCACCUCAACUGCCUGCCCGUGGCACAGGAGUGCGGGCGCCCGCUGUUCGACCUGGACGAGAAGAACCUGCAGGACUACUACCACAACUCAAUGGCAGAGCUGGACAUUGGCAAGCUGGAGAGCGAGAAGCUCUACGUCUCCCAGCGCUUCCGAGCCAUGGCCCGGGGGCUGAUCGUGCUGCACAAGCACCUGCAGCAGCAGAAGGCAGAGGCGGCAGCGGCGGCGGAGGCCAAGCGGGGCCACAAGAAGCGGAAGCAGGGGGCGAGCGCGGCGGGCGGGGACGCGCACGGCGCGGCGCGCCGCAAGCAGAGCAACGUGGAGAGGGUGCACACGAGCUGA